ACGUCAGUGGGAAUUUCCAGCCAGGAAGUGAGAGAGUGAGUGAGAGAGGACGAGAGAGAAGUACCGAGGCGCGGCGAGCCGGGCAGGAAGAGGAGGUUUCGCCACCCGAGCGGCCCGGCUGCGCGCUGACGGCUUCCCGUGCCCUGCGCGCCCCCGGCCUGCCGCCGCCGCCGCCCUCGGCCUCGGCCUGCUCAAGGGCCGGCUCCAGCAGCGCAGGCCGGAGCUUAGGGCCCCGCCGCGCCCGGCCCGCCUCGCGCUUCUCCGCCCGCGCCGCGGCCAUGGCGCGCCGCUGAGCCGCCGACCCCGGCCCGCCACCCCGACCCCUCUCGGGCUCCCGCCGGUCCGCGCCGCCCCGCCCCGCAGCGGGAGCCCGCAGGCGCGGAGAGGCCGCGCCGCACCUCCGGGGUACCUUCAGAGGUCAGAAGAGGGUGUCAGAUUCCUUGUAACUGGAGGUGGACGGUCGUGAGCUUCCCCAUCUUCAACAUGGCGGACGAUGACCCAUAUGGAACCGGGCAGAUGUUUCAUUUGAAUUCUGCGUUGUCUCAUCCAAUAUUUAACACAGAAUUAUAUGCACCAGAAAUGCCCCUGUCAACGGAUGGCCCAUACCUUCAAAUAUUAGAGCAACCAAAACAGAGGGGAUUUCGAUUCCGCUAUGUGUGUGAAGGCCCAUCACAUGGCGGGCUCCCUGGUGCCUCUAGUGAGAAGAACAAGAAAUCCUACCCUCAGGUCAAAAUUUGCAACUAUGUGGGACCUGCAAAGGUUAUUGUUCAGUUGGUCACAAAUGGGAAAAAUAUCCACCUGCAUGCCCACAGCCUGGUGGGCAAACACUGUGAAGACGGGAUCUGCACUGUGGUAGCCGGCCCCAAGGACAUGGUGGUUGGCUUUGCAAACCUGGGCAUACUUCAUGUAACCAAGAAAAAGGUGUUUGAAACCCUAGAAGCACGGAUGACAGAGGCGUGUAUAAGGGGCUAUAAUCCUGGACUCUUGGUGCAUUCUGACCUUGCCUAUCUACAAGCAGAAGGUGGAGGAGACCGGCAGCUCACAGACAGGGAGAAAGAAAUCAUCCGCCAGGCGGCUCUGCAGCAAACCAAGGAGAUGGACCUGAGUGUGGUGCGCCUCAUGUUCACAGCCUUCCUUCCCGACAGCACCGGCAGCUUCACCCGGAGGCUGGAGCCCGUGGUGUCGGACGCCAUCUACGACAGCAAGGCCCCCAAUGCAUCUAACCUGAAAAUCGUAAGGAUGGACAGAACAGCAGGGUGUGUAACAGGAGGAGAAGAAAUCUACCUUCUCUGUGACAAGGUUCAGAAAGAUGACAUCCAGAUUCGGUUUUAUGAAGAGGAAGAAAAUGGUGGAAUUUGGGAAGGAUUUGGAGACUUUUCCCCCACGGAUGUUCAUAGGCAGUUUGCCAUUGUCUUCAAAACUCCAAAGUAUAAGGAUGUCAACAUUACAAAACCAGCUUCUGUAUUUGUUCAGCUUCGGAGGAAAUCGGACUUGGAAACGAGUGAACCAAAACCCUUCCUCUACUACCCUGAAAUCAAAGACAAAGAGGAAGUGCAGAGGAAGCGCCAGAAGCUCAUGCCCAACUUCUCGGACAGUUUCGGCGGUGGUGGCAGUGGAGCCGGAGCGGGCGGUGGUGGCAUGUUCGGCAGUGGUGGUGGCGGAGGGAGUACCGGAAAUCCCGGCCCAGGGUAUGGCUUCCCGCACUAUGGAUUUCCUACUUACAGUGGGAUUACAUUCCAUCCUGGAGUCACUAAAUCCAACGCUGGGAUCACCCAUGGAACUACAAAUACAGAUUUGAAAAAUAACCCUAAAGACUGUGACGAGAGUGGUGACCGAGAGAUUGGGAAUCUCUCUGAGAAGGAACCAGCCGCACAGGAUAAGGAGUCUGGCAUGUCCAGCGUGAAGACCGAUGCAGUCGCACUGGCGUCCACCGUGGAAGACAAGGAAUGGGGUGCCGGGUUUCAGGUUGCCUCUUUGAGAUGCUCCAUGUAUCUAUGUAUUGUGUAUGUCUACAAAACCGAUAACCUCUUUCUUGAGAAGGCUCUGCAGCUGGCCAAGCGGCAUGCCAAUGCCCUUUUCGACUACGCGGUGACGGGAGACGUGAAGAUGUUGCUGGCUGUGCAGCGCCAUCUCACCGUGGUGCAGGAUGAGAACGGAGACAGUGUCUUACACUUAGCCAUCAUCCACCUUCAUGCUCAGCUUGUGAAGGAUCUACUGGAAGUCACAUCCGGUUUGAUCUCCAAUGACAUCAUCAACAUGAGAAAUGAUCUGUAUCAGACACCUCUGCACUUGGCCGUAAUCACCAAGCAGGAAGAUGUGGUGGAGGACUUGCUGAGGGUUGGGGCUGACCUGAGCCUUCUGGACCGCUGGGGCAACUCCGUUCUGCACAUGGCUGCCAGAGAAGGGCACGAUAAGAUCCUCAGUGUCCUUCUGAAGAACAAGAAAGCAGCGCCCCUUAUUGACCACCCCAACGGGGAAGGUCUCAAUGCCAUCCACAUAGCUGUGAUGAGCAAUAGCCUGCCAUGUCUGCUGCUGCUUGUGGCUGCGGGGGCAGAAGUCAAUGCUCAGGAACAGAAGUCUGGGCGCACGGCACUGCACCUGGCCAUGGAAUACGACAACAUCUCGCUGGCUGGCUGCCUGCUUCUGGAGGGCGAUGCCGAUGUGGACAGCACCACCUACGAUGGGACUACACCUCUACACAUAGCAGCCGGAAGAGGGUCCACCAGACUGGCAGCUCUUCUCAAAGCUGCAGGAGCAGACCCCCUGGUGGAGAACUUUGAGCCUCUCUAUGACCUGGACGAGUCCUGGGAGAAGGAUGGAGAAGACGAGGGAGUGGUACCAGGCAUCACACCCCUAGACGUGGCUACCAACUGGCAGGUGUUUGACAUACUAAAUGGGAAGCCAUAUGAGCGUGUGUUCACAUCAGAUGAUAUUCUACCACAAGGAGACAUGAAACAGCUUCCCGAAGACACCAGACUACAGCUCCACAAGCUGCUGGAGCUCCCUGAUCCAGACAAAAACUGGGCCACUCUGGCACAGAAGUUAGGUCUGGGGAUACUUAACAGUGCCUUCCGGCUGAGCCCUGCUCCUUCUAAAACCUUCAUGGACAACUAUGAGGUCUCUGGGGGCACCAUCAAAGAGCUGAUGGAGGCCCUGCGGCAGAUGGGCUACACAGAGGCCAUUGAAGUGAUCCAGUCAGCCUUCUGCACCCCGGAAACCACAGCCUCCAGCCCCGUGACCACUGCUCGGGCCCCCGAACCGCCUCUCUCAUCUUCCUCUACAAGGCAGCACCUAGAUGAGCUCCGGGACAACGACAGUAUCUGUGACAGUGGUGUGGAGACGUCCUUCCACAAACUCAGCUUUACAGAGUCUUUACCUGGAGACAGCUCAGUGCUAUCUCUGAACAAAAUGCCCCACAAUUACGGGCAGGAAGGACCUAUAGAAGGCAAAAUUUAGCCUGCUGGCAGUUUCCCACACUGUGUAAACCAAAGCCUGAAAUUCCAUUGCAUCCAUCCAAAGGAGGAAGGCAGAGUGAGUCCACAGGUGCUGGAGGGUGACCGGCCUGCCGGGCCGUUCCUGAUUUCGUCCAAGGCCUCCUGAAUUCGGCUUCCUUUCUUGGUUCUGAAAUGACUGAGUUGUCCCAAGCAGAUGGUAUCUAGAGAUCACAGCACUCGGCUGUGGCUGGGGUAUGGUGGCUUGAGCUUUUCCAGCUGCUACUGGAUUUCACUCGCUUUGUGUCAUUGCUGCUGUCCCUCUGCUGGGUUCCUGCUGUCAUUAAAAGGUGUCACUGUCUCCACCUGGUGUCCUUUCUAGCCAUCUACAGUACAAUUGUGCAUUCAAAUUAAGAUUAAGGAAAGAUAUUUUUAAAUGAGUAACGUGAUGAGUAAUAAAAAAAAGACAUUGCUUUUUCUAACGUGGUUUAUCUGUGAUUUGAAAAAAAAAACAUGAACUUAACAAUAUUUAAAACCUGCUACAAUCAAUGCUGAAAAUAGUAUUUUCCCCCCUUUUCUGCAUUUUACUAUUGUAAAUAUGUUUUCUAAAUCAAAUACUUUAAAAGAAAAAAUGUUGGAUUUAUAAAUGCUAUUUUUUAUUUUACUUUUAUAAUAAAAGGACAAGCUCAUUGUUGACCUCA